AUGGGCGGUAAGCUUUUUCUGCUGAUACUGCCAAAUUUGAUUCAAGCUGUAGAAGAUAUUAGUAGCGACUGUAAAUUAGUCAUCAUUAUUUGUGUUGCACAGAAUUCAAUUGGAGGAAUCUCACACCUGUCCGGAGAUCAUGUGAAUGAGCCAUUUAUAGGAGAAGAUGGAGUCUCUGGCGUACUUCUACAUCACAAGACUGCAAAAGACAACCCUCCUGUUACUUACGCAAUAGCUGCAUGCGAAACUCAAAAUGUGAAUGUUACCGUUUUGCCCUGUUUUGGCCUGACUGAAGGCAGCUGCGUUACUGCAAAACAUAUGUGGGCUAAAAUGGAGCAGGAUGGACACUUUGACCGGGAGAAUUUCAGUACUGGACCAAGCAUGCCGUCAUCACCUGGAGAGGCACAUUGUGCUGCAGUUUCUGCUUCCACAUGGGUUGAACCACAUGGAAGGUGCACCGUUGCAUUUGCACUUGCAUGGUCAUCCCCGAAAGUAAAGUUUUUGAAGGGCAAAUCAUAUCAUAGGAGGUACACUAGGUACUAUGGCACAUCCGAAAGGGCUGCUCAAGACUUGGUGCAUGAUGCACUAACAAGUUAUAAGCGGUGGGAAGAAGAGAUUGAGAAAUGGCAAAGUCCUAUCCUCAGUGACAACAGGCUACCAGAGUGGUACAAAUUUACAUUGUUUAAUGAGCUGUAUUUUUUGGUUGCUGGUGGGACAGUGUGGAUUGACUCUCCCUUACCAGCUGCAGACAUGAGGAGUGUUCGGCAUCAACCAACAGUAGUGGAGAACAAAGAUUCCAAAGUAUCUGAAGCGGAAAUAAAUGGAAGACAGAGUGCACUUGUUACGCAGGCAUCGAAUUGUGGUAAUAUUGCCGAUGGUGGUAUAGAAUGUGGGGAUGAAGCAAGUAUGAUGAGAGAUUCUGGUGAAGACAAAUCAAUGAUUCCCCAGAGAAAAGACAGCAAUUGUUUUGCAAAUCCUUGUAAGUUGUCAGACUCACAUGUUGAUAGUGGGGAUGUAGGUAGGUUUCUAUAUUUGGAAGGGGUGGAAUAUAUUAUGUGGUGUACAUAUGAUGUGCACUUCUAUGCAUCUUUUGCCCUUCUUGAGCUGUUUCCCAAAAUUGAACUCAGUAUUCAGCGGGAAUUUGCAAAAGCUGUCUUAUGUGAGGAUGGGAGAAAAGUGAAGUUCCUGGCAGAGGGAAAUUGUGGGAUCCGUAAGGUUAAGGGUGCUGUUCCUCAUGAUCUCGGAACUCAUGACCCAUGGCAUGAAAUGAAUGCAUAUAACAUACACGAUACCAGUAGAUGGAAGGAUCUUAACCCAAAGUUUGUGCUUCAAGUGUAUAGAGAUUUUGCUGCAACUGGAGAUUUCUCAUUUGGAGCCGAUGUGUGGCCUUCUGUUUGUGCUGCAAUUGAGUACAUGGAACAAUUUGAUAGGGACAAUGAUUGUCUUAUUGAGAAUGAUGGAUUUCCGGAUCAAACAUAUGACGCUUGGACAGUUCAUGGCGUAAGUGCUUAUUGCGGUUGCUUAUGGCUUGCUGCACUUCAAGCUGCAGCAGCAAUGGCCCUUCAACUGGGUGACCAGGCCUUCGCUGAAAGAUGCAAAGGCAAAUUUAUAAAGGCCAAAUCAGCAUUUGAAUCAAAACUAUGGAAUGGUUCUUAUUUUAACUAUGACUGUGGGUCAAGCAGCAACAGCAAAUCAAUCCAAGCUGAUCAACUAGCAGGACAGUGGUAUACAGCAUCUUCAGGCUUGCCUGAUCUUUUUGAUGAUAUCAAAAUCAGAAGUGCCCUUCAAAAAAUCUAUGAUUUUAAUGUUAUGAAAGUUAGAGGAGGUAGGAUGGGUGCUGCCAAUGGAGUGCAUCCCAAUGGAAAGUUGGAUGAGACUUGCAUGCAGUCUCGUGAAAUUUGGACUGGAGUCACCUAUGCUGCUGCUGCUACCAUGAUCCUUGCUGGGAUGGAGGAGCAGGCUUUCAAUACAGCUGAGGGUAUAUUCAUUGCAGGCUGGUCAGAGGAAGGAUAUGGAUACGCAUUCCAAACCCCAGAGGGAUGGACAGUUGACGGGCACUUCCGGUCUCUGAUAUAUAUGAGGCCACUUGCAAUUUGGAGCAUGCAGUAUGCCUUAUCCUUGCCAAAGGCUAUUCUUGACGCCCCUAAGACUAACAUAAUGGACAGAAUCCACGUAUCUCCUCUUAGUGCAAGAUCUUCCCACAACGAGACCGGUGUGAGAAAGGUUGCAAAUAAAACAAAAUGCUUCGGCAAUCCCGUGUUUCACUGUGCUUGCUGACUACCCAUUUGUAAGUUUUAAUUUCUGUUACACUUUCGUUCAUUAAAUCUUUGUUUGCUUCCCUUAAACUGCCUUGGUGGAAGAAAAACCGAGGUAGAUUUAGGGAAGCCUUGAUUUCACAAAAGGGCAAUAAAAAUCUGGGCUGUAACUUGGAAGUUCGAAGUCACAUUUAAUCUAAUUCGAAUGGAAUUUUUUGCACACUAUCUCCUUUCAGAGUUUAGUAAUUGUUUUGUUUCCUGUUUAUAGCCCAAUGUUUGAGUUUGUGUGCAUCAGAUUAGUGCUCAAAGGGGACUUGCAAAACAAUUUGUAUGGUUUGUUAUUUUUUGUAUUUUUUGGCGC